AUGAAAUCCAAUUUUCCUCACCCCCCCUCACCCCCUCCUCACCCCCUCCUCACCCCCCCUCACCCCCUCCUCACCCCUCCUCACCCCCCCUCACCCCCUCCUCACCCCUCCUCACCCCCCCUCACCCCCCCCUCACCCCCUCCUCACCCCCCCUCACACCCCCCCUCACCCCCCCUCACCCCCUCCUCACCCCCUCCUCACCCCCCCCUCCUCCCCCCCUCCUCACCCCCCCUCACCCCCUCCUCACCCCCUCCUCACCCCCUCCUCACCCCCCCUCACCCCCUCCUCACCCCCCCUCACCCCCUCCUCACCCCUCCUCACCCCCCCUCACCCCCUCCUCACCCCCCCCUCACCCCCCCCUCACCCCCCCUCCUCACCCCUCCUCACCCCCCCCUCACCCCCCCUCACACUUCAGUCUGCAGCAGAGGCAGAGCAGGCCUUUGA